AUGACAUGUACAUUUAUUAAUCUUAUUAGAGUACCAUAUAUCAGACAGGUAAUAUUCAAUAGUUUUACUGUACUCUAUUCUAAAUCAAGUGAUGAUGAUGAUGAAUUUGGACUUGACAAGGCAGCAAAAAAAGGUAGAGAUAUCAUCAAUUCACCACGUCUUGCUAUGAUAAGCAAGUAUGCAAUGCCAUGGGACUUUAUCAAACAUUAUCUACCAUCUGAAAAGGAAAAGGUGGUACUUGGUAGAAGAAUGCAGGUAAUCAAAGAGUACUGUGCACAUCCCAAUGCAACCUAUGAUACAUUGUUAAAACUAUUGGAAUGGUCACCAGAAUUUGAAUAUCGCUCUGAUUUGGCAUUUGGUGUUGUUAAACGAGGUCAUAUCAAAAUACUAGAGUACUGGAUCAACAAAUUCCCUCAAAUCAAAUUACAAGAUGAUUUACUCGUUGUUGCAGCUGUCAACGGUCACCUUCCAAUCGUUCAAUUAUUAAAUACAUUUCCUUCAAUGCAAGAUAAAGAUUACAGUGAGGAAUUGAUGAUGGAUAAAGUUGCAAAGAAUGGACAUUUAUCAGUGGUAAAGUGGUUGCAUAUCAACAGGAGUGAUGUAGGGUGCACUCAAGAUGCUAUAGAUGGGGCAGCAUCGAAUGGUCAUUUAGAUGUUAUCAAGUUUUUACAUGAGAAUCGUAUAGAGGGAGCUUCAGAGUUUGCAUUAAAUCAAUCACCUAACCUCGAGAUUGCCCAAUUCCUUCAUUAUAAUCGCUCAGAAGGAUGCACAACACUUGCCAUGGAUAACGCCGUUAUCAACGAAAGCAUGGAUGUUUUAGAAUUCCUUCACACCCAUCGUACCGAGGGUUGUUCGAUGAGAGCUUACCACUAUGCUGCAAUGCAUGGUCGUCUGGACGUAUUAAAGUUUUUACAUUUGAAUCGUACAGAAGGAAGUUCUUCAAGAGCGAUGGAUUUGGCCAUCCAAAAUGAUCAAAGUUUAGAGGUGAUAUCAUUUAUUGAAUCUGCUUUCAAAAAAGGAUGUACACAUGCUUCCGUUACAAAUGCAAUCAACAACAAUCGAUUGGAUAUUCUUGAGUUCCUCCAUCAACACUUUCCAUCACCAAAUAUUUGGGUCGAUGGGAUUAACAAUGCAUUUUUUGGACAUGUUGAUUUAAAUGUUUUAAAAUUUUUGGUUAAUAAUCGUACAGAAAGAAUACCAGGUGGAAGGGCAAUCGAUUAUGCCGCAAAAGCAGGAGAUUUAGAGUCUGUUAAAUUUUUUAUUGCCAAUGGUAUGACACCAAAUGUUGGAUAUUCAAAUGAUAGCACAAUGGAUUUCGCUGCUUCACAUGGGCAUUUAGAAUUAGUAAAGUUUUUACAUGAAAAUCGCUCUGAAGGAUGUACAAGUCAUGCUAUGACUUUGGCAGCUCGAAAUGGUCACACCGAGGUUGUAGAAUAUCUUUAUAAAAAUCGUACAGAAGGAUGUACAAGCUCUGUUUUCUUUAUUGGAGUAGAUGCUAAAGACGACCAACACUAUCAAGCAGUCAAAUUUAUUUUGGACAAUCACAUCCUUCCAAAGGGUGAUAUUGAUGAUUCUUUGGCAUGCCGACUAGCAGAGAAUCAUCAAUAUGAAAUAGUAGAUCUAGUCAAUCAAUAUAUUCAAAAAUUAAAUUUAAACUAA